CGAUGAGGACCAACCUAAGCCUCAUCGUACUCAGAAAUCUUUGAGCAAGCGUAAACGAGCCAUAGCUGCCUUGAAACAUCAUGUUGAUCCUGCUUCCAUCAAGUUCUUCUGAUACUGAUCCUUCGUGGAAUUUCUGGAAAAAAUACCUAGAGGGUGAGCAUCUCCCAGAUGGAAUUGAGUGGGGAUCAGAUCUGGAAGAAGAUUCAUCAGAUCUUGAGUCUUCAAUCAACACUGGUGAGGUUCGAGAAAUGAGCUCGGAAACAGAGGUGUUGUUGUCCGAGCCAGUUAAGAACACAUUCUUUAAAACUUGUGGUGUGAGUUGUUCAAAAGCUGUUGUGACAGCAUUUAUGAGAUCUCCCAAUGACCUACGUGCACUCUUGUUUUGUAUAGCAUCUAUUGCCCUAAAGAAGCCAAGCUUCUUGAAAUGUGAAUGGGAAUAUGCCUAUUUUCCCAUCCCACAGUACAUGACCAUCAUCCCUAAACCUAGGACGGCCUACAGCAGCCAAAAACAUAAUUUUGGAAAUAUGUGUUUUGGACUGUAUGAUUCUGUAGGGGUCUGCCUCAUCAGUUCAGGAAGAGUGAACAGUAUUGAUCUUUCGCAGGCCGGAAUCCUCGGGGAUCUUUCUUUUUCCCCUUUUAGUUCUCUGGACAUGUUGGAUUCCCUUGACGUUUCCGGGAACAGAGGGCUUUGGUUGAAUUUUUCUUCUUUGGUGGAUGGACUUCCUUCAAGGUUGAAGAAACUUGACCUGUCUUUUUCCGGGCUUACAGGGACUGUUCCUGAGAAUCUGUUUGUCCAAUGCCCGAAUCUUCAGUUUGUGAAUGUGGCCUUCACUGGCAUUUCUGACACUCUCCCUGACAGUUUCUUGAUUGGGGCUGAUCAUCUGCAGGUUCUUGACAUGUCUUAUAACAACUUGACUGGUUCGAUCUCCGGGAUGGAAAUUGGGGCUUGUGAUUCGCUGUCGCAUCUUGAUUUCUCCGGGAAUCGGUUUUCCGGGUCUGUUCCGGCGGCCUUUGGCAACUGUACCCGUCUCUCGGAGAUGAAUUUGGCUUCCAAUUCGUUCUCCGGGCAGAUCCCGGAGCAGUUCGGGCAGCUUAGGGGCCUGCAAAGAUUGGAUUUUUCUUCCAAUCUUUUGUCCGGUUGGAUCCCGGCUGAGCUCGGGAAUGUCUGCGGGUCGCUUUUGGAACUCAAGCUUUCGAAUAACAAUCUCACCGGGCCCGUACCGGAUUCGUUCUCCUCUUGUUCUUUGCUCCAGAACUUGGAUUUGUCCGGCAAUAAUUUGACAGGUUCUUUCCCGGAUUCAUUUUUUGAGAAAAUGGCGUCACUGGAGACUCUAACGGUGAGCAGCAACAUGAUCUCCGGCGACUUUCCGGUUUCAUUGUCCUUCUGCAAGAGGCUUAGAGUGAUAGACUUCAGCUCCAACUUGAUUUCCGGCGUGGUUCCGCCGGAUUUAUGUCCCGGAGCCGGUUCCCUGGAAGAAUUGAGAGCACCGGAUAAUAUGCUCUCCGGUGCGAUUCCCGGUCAGCUCUCGAAGUGCACCCAGCUGAGGACGAUUGAUUUGAGUCUGAACAAUCUCAACGGGUCAGUCCCGCCGGAACUGGGGAGUCUUGGGAAUCUGGAACAGUUGAUUGCAUGGUACAACAACCUGGCCGGGAACAUUCCGGCGGAAUUGGGCAACUGCGGGAAGCUCAAGGGACUCAUCCUGAACAACAACAACCUGACCGGGAAACUACCACCGGAGCUUUUCAACUGCCGGAAUCUCGAAUGGGUCGCCCUCACCAGCAACGGAUUAACCGGUCAAAUUCCCGGCGAGUUCGGGUCCCUGAAGAGGUUGGCCAUUUUGCAGCUCGGGAACAACAGUCUAACAGGGGAAAUUCCACCCGAAUUAGGGAACUCCAGCAGUUUGGUGUGGCUGGACUUGAGCAGCAAUGGUUUGGUCGGAGAAAUCCCUCCCCGACUCGGCCGGCAGAAAGGAGCAAAGGCUAGCCGCGACGGGAUCUUGUCCGGCAACACCAUGGUCUUCGUCCGAAAUGUUGGGAGCUUGUGCCGGGGAGUAGGAGGUCUACUAGAAUUCUCCGGCAUCCGGCCGGAAAAACUGCUGAAAAUCCCAUCACUCCGGAGCUGCGAUUUCACCAGGCUCUACUCCGGCGCCGUCCUCAGCUUCUUCACAACAUAUCAGACUCUAGAGUACCUCGAUCUCUCCUAUAAUUCACUUUGGGGAGAAAUCCCUAGAGAGUUUGGGGAGAUGAUCGAGUUACAAGUCCUGGUUCUAUCUCACAACCGUAUCUCCGGUGAGAUCCCACCGUCUUUCGGCCGGUUGAAGAACCUCGGCGUGUUCGAGGCCUCGCACAACAUGUUGCAGGGGCAAAUCCCGGACUCCUUCUCAAACCUGUCUUUCCUCGUUCAAAUUGAUCUCUCCGACAAUGAUUUGACCGGCGAAAUCCCUCAGAGGGGACAGCUCAGCACGCUUCCGGCCACCCAAUUCGCCAACAACCCCGGCCUAUGCGGCGUCCCCCUGGCUCAAUGUGGCACCCCUAUCGCGACCACAAAUCCGUCCUCGAGGGGAAGAAGAAGUAGAACGAACUUGGCAGUUGUUAUCGGAAUGGGCAUAUCAUUUGCAACAAUCUUAGCAUUCCUUGUAUUGGCUUUGGCGGUCCGUUCUCGGCUUCUUCGGGAGGCGAAGGAAAUCAAGAUCUUGAAUAGCCUCAAUGCCUCUCAAGGAGCCACGACGUGGAAGAUAGAGAGGGAAAAGGAGCCGUUGAGCAUAAAUGUCGCCACUUUCCAGAUGCAUUUGAAGAAGUUGAAGUUCUCGCAGCUGAUAGAGGCCACAAAUGGCUUCGCCACCGCUAGCUUGAUUGGCACGGGCGGGUUCGGCGAAGUCUUUAAGGCGACGUUGAAAGACGGGUCGACCGUGGCAAUCAAGAAGCUGAUAAGCUUAAGCUGCCAGGGCGACCGCGAGUUCAUGGCUGAGAUGGAGACGCUCGGAAAAAUCAGGCACGAGAACCUUGUCCCGCUCUUGGGGUACUGCAAGGUAGGUGAGGAGAGGCUUUUGGUGUAUGAAUUCAUGAAGAACGGGAACCUCGACGAGGCCCUCCACGCCAGGGUGUCAGCCCUGACGUGGGAAGAGAGGAAGAAGAUCGCGAGGGGCGCGGCGAAAGGGUUGUGUUUCCUCCACCACAACUGUAUCCCCCACAUCAUCCACCGCGACGUGAAGUCGAGCAACGUUCUCCUGGACGGCGAUCUCGAAGCCAGGGUGUCUGACUUCGGGAUGGCCCGACUGAUAAGCGCGCUCGACACGCACUUGAGCGUGAGCACUUUGGCGGGCACGCCGGGCUACGUCCCGCCAGAGUACUACCAGAGCUUCCGUUGCACUGCGAGGGGCGACGUGUACUCGUUCGGGGUCAUACUUCUCGAGCUCCUCACGGGAAGAAGGCCGACGGACAAGGAGGACUUCGGGGACACGAACCUCGUGGGAUGGGUGAAGAUGAAGGUGAGAGAAGGGAAAGCAAUGGAAGUCAUCGAUCCCGGGCUGAUAUCGGUUGCGGCAAAAGGGACCGACGAAUCCGAAUGGGGAGAGGUGAAGGAAAUGAUAAGGUACUUGGAGAUGACACUGCAAUGCGUGGAGGAUUUCCCAUCAAAGAGGCCUAACAUGUUGCAAGUUGUGGCUAUGUUGAGAGAGCUUCUUAUGCCUGGAAGUAGUGGCACUUCUAGCAGUAGUUCUUGAAAAGAAACCUUAUUGGGUUUA